GCUCAGUUCAACCACUUGUCAUCCGCUGCCAUUAAUUUGCUCCACACCGCCAUUUCUCAUUGGAUUCGUAGUAUGCUGACUCUUUGCCGUAGUUCUCGAUGGUAUCCCUCAUACUUAAAGAGAAGCUUUAUCUCAAUGAAGUCGUCCUCGGAACGGGUUUUGGGAUCAUCAUAGGCCCUCACGCUGCCAAUAUCUUUACACCUCGUUCAUGGGGUUCCUCGGAGAAUGCCAUAACAUUAGAAGUGAUGCGUAUCGUCCUUGUCACUGGCCUGUUUGCAGUGGGAGUCGAAUUACCCUGUGCGUAUAUGAAAGAGCAUGCCAGGAGCUUGCUUGUAAUGGUCGUGCCCACAAUGGCCUUUGGCUGGGUUGUUAUCGCCAGCAUCAUACAAGCACUGUUCCCGGAGCUCAAUUAUGUCUCGUCUCUUUGCAUCGCUGCCUGUUUAACCCCUACGGACCCAGUCACAUGUGCUGCUAUCAUUCGCGGAAAAUAUGCUACUAAACAUGUUCCUGUGAAUAUCCGUCGAAUAUUGACCGCGGAGUCAGCAGCGAAUGACGGUCUCGCAUACCCCUUUCUUGCGAUAUCCAUAUACCUCACCGUAGAGGCAUCUGUUCGAACGGCUAUUGGCAAGUGGUUCUUAGUGGGAUGGCUAUACCAGGUCAUUCUUGGUACCACUUUCGGCGCUGUCAUGGGUUAUCUGUUCUCCAAGCUCAUGAAAAUAUGCCAUGACAAGGGUUUCAUAGAUCGAGAAUCGUACAUCGCACAGUAUCUUGCUUUAUCCAUCUUUAUUAUGGGAGUCGCAAACACGAUCGGUGCAGACGAUCUUCUUGCAGCAUUUGCAGCAGGUUGUGCAAUCUCCUGGGAUGGUUACUUCCAUGCACAGACAGCAAACGACGCAUUUUCUUCCGUAAUUGAUUAUGUCCUGAAUUGUGGCUGCUUCAUCUACAUUGGCGCUUGGCUACCUUUUGACGACUAUCACUCUCCUGAGUAUGGCAUCACCCCUUGGAAGCUUGUUCUUCUUAUGAUCGCUAUUUUGUUCUUGAGGCGAAUUCCAUUCCUACUAAUGGUCUACAAGUUUGUUCCCGAGAUUGCUUCCUGGAAGGAAGCUCUAUUCUCUGGUCACUUCGGUGAGCUGCUAACUCCAAUGGGAGUCGGUGCAGUUUUCGUGUCUUCCCUUGCUCUUACGCGUUUGCCCACUCCGGAACACCCGCCUGCAGAUCAAGCACAGUUCCUCGCCGCAACUAUCCAGCCUAUCGUGUCCUUCGUCGUCCUUGGUUCUAUCAUCGUUCAUGGCUUGUCUAUUCCCUUCUUCAGCAUCGGCCGUGGCAUACAUUGCCGCACGACCUCACCCAUGGACGCGUUUCAUGGUAUUGCAGGGUCAGCAGCAGAUAGCGAUGUCGAGCGAGGCCUGAAGACUCCAGGUGUUAUAUCUAACGGAUCUGCUGUGGAUACCCUGCAGACCACCGAACGCGUUGGUGCUAGACUGUAAUGUAUAACCUCUACCAACUUGUACGAUCAUCACGCCUCGUCAUGUACAGUACACCACGCACACUGAAUAUCUUGCCACCUACUUUCUGUCACAGCAACCAAUGACUACUUAGUGGCGCCUUAUGAACAUCCUCCACGACUUUUUAUCUUC